AUGGGCUUGGUUUACGGUUCAGCAUCAGAGGUACUGGUCUGGUUAGGAGAGGCGGACGUGUACAGCAAUAUCAUGGUCGAGGCCCAGAAAGUGUUUGCGUCCAGUGUCCCUGAAUUAUCCUCGGUGGAAAGAUAUCCGGCUUCGGACGACAAUACCGCGGAUGAGCGACCGCUUUUUAGCUUGUGGGAUUUCGAAGCAACGCGCUGGUAUGAAAAAGCAUUGAAAAAUGAAAAGCUGCUGUACCUCACUACGGAAUAUUUUGCGCUCGAAUCUCUUGGUGGUGACGCCACUGAGUAUCUCCACGCAAUAUUCAAGGACAGGCCUGCACCAUUCGUCAUGCUGAAAUUGAUUGUGGAUUGUGCAGACCGCUAUUUCUCCCGUCCUUCGUUUCGUAGAAUUUGGGUCAUUCAGGAAGUCGUAAUGGCUCAAAUAGAUCGGAAUAGCGCACGGCGAGUCACUGUUUUCAGCGGCCAGUCGCAGGUACAGUGGAAUGAACUGGUGGCUUUUGCGCUCUUACUCGGGACUACUGUUCUCAAGACGCAAUUUCAAAAUAUAGAUUUCUUCAACCAUUCCUGGUUAAUACUCUCAGGGCGAUCAUUGACACUAGUCAUGGAGAACUAUAGACGAUGGCAGCUUUCGAGGUCUCACGUUUCCUUAUCACCCCAUGACAAGAAUAGUAGAGGCAGUGACACCAGUAGUUCUCAUUCUUUUCAGAGGAGUGUUCAAAAUCAGAAUUUGAGAUCAUACUUGCAGCAUGAUCCGGCGGACCGUGCCCCCAUAGCUCACAGUACUAGAUCGAAGAAAUUGAGAGAGAGAUCGUUGACUGCUAUUCACGAUUUAUCUUACAAGGAUGCGACCAAUGGGACCUAUCCUAUCUCUCGAGACACAGUAACCUUCAAUGCAACAUCGGCAUUGAAUAUGAGUCCGCCAUCGGAAAUAGUUAGCCCACUUGAUUACCUUAUAGCUGUAGAUAUGACCCGCGAUGAUCCCCUGCUGCAGGAAGCCCCCUUGUGGGUAAUAAACAUCUUUACAUCAAACGAACGUUUUCGAGACAGCUUCUCCGCGAAGUAUGGAGUCUACAAUGCAUCUGGCGGAAGACCAGCGAUCGUGCGGCCUACUGAUUUGCCCUUCUCUCUAUCGCUCCAAGGCGUACGCAUCGCACGAAUAAAGAAUGUCCUUGCGCCUCAGCCUCUCCAAGACAGAACCUCUGCCGACCUAAGUUAUUAUAUGGUUAUCAAGCCUGGUCGAAAGCCUUUCAUGGUAUCAAAGCGCGAGAGUACCGAUCUGCAAAAACUGUACAUGGAAAGCCAGGCUCGCGCCAAAAGCCAUACUAGCUUUCCAACAUUUUAG